AUGGACUUGGCUCUGGUAACAGGCGGAUUGGCCUUUGUUGGGCUUUCAUCGUAUGUUGUUAGACGUUUACGUGGAUGUCGAGUGAACUGCUGGUUCUGCAACACCGACCAGGUCGUGCCGUGGUCGUCAAAGAACGCGUUCGUUUGCACAGGUUGCGAUCAGUACAAUGGUUUCAACGAGGAUGGCGACUACAACAAGCAAAUUCUGGGACAGCACUUUGCAUCAAGCCGAACACAAAAAAUGCGCUUCUGCAAUUCGGGGCUUCUCAGUGACCGGCCAGAUGUGGUACCAUCACGCUUUGAAAAUGGAUUGUGCGAGGAAUGCAAUCAAAAGCAAGAAAUAAUUGUUGAACGAUUAAGCCAAUUUGAGCCGAAAAAUGAGAGUCACUGGCAAGCUGAGGUUGACGACUACAAGAAUCGGCUCAAUAAGAUCUACGCUUUGUGUGAACCGUGUUUGAUGGCUUCACAAAGGAAACUUAGACGAGAUAAGAGUCUCUACGGCUACUUGAUGCACUUGACGAGCUUUGGAAGAAAGCUGGCUUCAACGAUUGUGAAUGGCAAUAACUCAUCACCGAACAAAAAGACAAAGAAAAGUCGAAAAUGUUUCUUCGCUGGUGGCCGAGUAACGGAGAUUAAUCAUUUCGUUGUUUUCAUCAUCGCAACGCUUUUGGCUCUCGCCGAAGUCAACUUUUUACAGCAAAUAUCCAAUGGAAUGCCAUCGAUUGACGGGUUUUUGUCUUCAUUUCUCGGGAAUGCAACCGCACCGUUGUUGGGCUUCGUACAUGAUUCAUUCUACGGCGCCAUCAUUUUGCUCUUCGCUUCUAAUUCAAUUGCAAUGUUAUCGAACAAAUGCAGGAUCUCGUUUCCCGAUCUGUUGGUUUUCGUACUUAGUUUGCUGCUUUUCACGAUUGCCCACGAUGUCUUUCCGAAAUCGUUUCAAAAGGAUCUCGUUUUAUUCCGAUGCGGUUUCUCGUCGUUGUUGUUUUGUCUUUCCACUGCCGUCUGGAUACUUCCUCGAAAGUUAAAGCACAAGAAACGGCCGAACACAAUUGCUAGUGCCUUCUCCAUUGCUUCAACUCCAAUGUCACAAUGUAGUACGAUUCGAUCGGCUAGAAUUUCAAUGAACGGAUCGAUGUUGAUCAACUCACCAAUGCAAGAUCGAUUCAACAAGGCAUCGAAUCGAUCACCUUCGCAAAUCUCUUUUGGCGUUGAAAGCAUUCACACAACGAGCACAUUAGAGAAGUCUGCUACGGGUCUCUUCGACUUCAAGCAUCAACAGGAAAAAAACAAGGAAAAUCGUUCACCGGCUUCACACAUCUUCUCGUCAUCUUCGCGCACUCCCUCGGCGAGCAGCCUCGUCUCGUCGCUCAAUCAAUGGAGGGAUACUCGUGAAACGACACCCAUCUCACCGCAAAACGAGCACAACCGAAUGGAAUGGGAGCACAGUGAUGUCGGGCGCACUCCAUCUCAUCCGGUACUCCGGCAACGACAAUCGUCUCCACCUCGAAUCGGCGAAAUAAAACGUAAAUCGCGCGAGAACACUCCAUCGAGGGAUUUGGGUGGACUGCUGGGCGGACUAAAACUGGGAAAAGGUGAUUCCUCAUCGCCUCAUCGUGGUCCCUUCAGCUCAUUGUCUUUUCAUCCGGGUGUCCGCAAUGCCUAUUCGGUUGCCUCUGAGAAAUCAUUUCAAACCGCCUACCAGAACAAAUCUCACUACACUGGUUUCACGUCGGUGUCUCAACGUUCGCCAAAUCCCUUGGCAAUGCCUCCAUCGUUGAGGAGUCGUUUUACGAAUGAUUCGGCCUCUGUGAGUACGCGGUUAACCGAUCCACAUCCACAAUAUCAACCACAACCGACUCAAAAAUUGCUUGUCGCCCUCGUUAUUCAAGAGCCGCUAGCAAGUCUGCUUCACGAAAGAAUAACGAGAAACAGUAGCGAAUCGAUCAAUCUCCCCUGCGGAAAGCCUAACAAAAUGACCGGUGUCGAGCAAUCCUCAGCCAUUCCACAACACCAACGGCCCGCCGAGAGUGAACAGACAAAGAAAAGUCGAAAAUGUUUCUUCGCUGGUGGCCGAGUAACGGAGAUUAAUCAUUUCGUUGUUUUCAUCAUCGCAACGCUUUUGGCUCUCGCCGAAGUCAACUUUUUACAGCAAAUAUCCAAUGGAAUGCCAUCGAUUGACGGGGUUUUGUCUUCAUUUCUCGGGAAUGCAACCGCACCGUUGUUGGGCUUCGUACAUGAUUCAUUCUACGGCGCCAUCAUUCUGCUCUUCGCUUCUAAUUCAAUUGCAAUGUUAUCGAACAAAUGCAGGAUCUCGUUUCCCGAUCUGUUGGUUUUCGGGCUCAGUUUGAUGCUUUUCAUAAUUGCCCACGAUGUCUUUCCGAAAUCGUUUCAAAAGGAUCUCGUUUUAUUCCGAUGCGGUUUCUCGUCGUUGUUGUUUUGUCUUUCCACUGCCGUCUGGAUACUUCCUCGAAAGUUAAAGCACAAGAAACGGCCGAACACAAUUGCUAGUGCCUUCUCCAUUGCUUCAACUCCAAUGUCACAAUGUAGUACAUCACCCAUCUCACCGCAAAACGAGCACAACCAAAUGGACUGGGAACACAGUUAUGUCGGGCGCACUCCAUCUCAUCUGAUACGCCGGCAAGGACAAUCGUCUCCACCUCGACUCGGGGAAUUUUCACGGCAAAACGAGCACAACCAAAUGGAGUGGGAACACGGUGAUGUCGGGCGCACUCCAUCUCAUCUGGUACGGCGGCAACAACAAUCGUCUCCACCUCGAAUCGGGGGAAUAGAACGUAAAUCGCGCGAGAGCAUUUCAUCGAGAGAUUUUGGAGGACUAAAACUGGGAAAAGGUGAUUCCUCAUCGCCUCAUCAUGGUUCCUUCAGCUCAUUGUAUUUUCAUCCGGGUGUCCGCAAUGCCAAUUCGGUUGCCUCUGAGAAAUCAUUUCAAACAACCUACCAGAGCAAAUCUCACUACACUGGUUUCACGCCGGUGUCUCAACGUUCGCCAAAUCCCUUGGCAAUGCCUCCAUCGUUGAGGAGUCGUUUUACGAAUGAUUCGGCCUCUGUGAGCACCCGGUUAACCGAUCCACAUCCACAAUAUCAACCACAACCGACUCAAAAAUUGCUUGUCGGCCUCGUUGUACUGUGUUUCCUUUCAAAUAUACUUCCGAUCUAUUAUCUUUGGGUUAAACCCUGGAUU